AUGGCGGACUCGACAGCCUCGGCGCCCCCGAAGCCCGUCCACACAAUCGUCCUCGAUGCGGGCCCCAUCUUGAAAAAUACCCCGCCAUUAUCGACCCUGCUGCAACAAUGCGAGGAACUCGUCGUCCCCUCGUCGGUCGUCCGUGAGAUUCGCGAUCCCGACGCCCGCACUCGCGUCGAGACGCUCUACCUGCCGUUUGUGAAGCAGCGCAACCCGACCCCGAAAAGUUUCCAGAUCCUGAGCGAGUUCUCGAGGAAGACGGGUGAUCGGUCGGUGUUGAGUAAAACGGAUAUUGAGGUCCUGGCGCUCGCUUACGAGAUUGAGUGUGAGAGGAACGGCGGCGAUUGGAGGUUGCGAAGCGUGCCGGGUCAGAAGCAGGUCAACGGAAAGCCGCCCGUGAAGGUAGAGGAACCGAAGGCAGAGACAGAGGCAGACCCUGCAUCGUCGGAUGCCCCGACCAGCAAUGUCGAGGUGGAUGCAGUCACGGAGGACUUGAAGAAGGCUUCGCUGGAAAACGAUGACAGCCAGUCGGAGGAAAAGAAGGAGUCCGAGGUGGCGCAACCAGACGUGUCUGAAUCGAACGAACAGGUGAACCCUUCGGAUGCCCAAGAAUCUCAGGAGGAAGACGAUGCGUCCGAUGAUGAUGGAGGCUGGAUCACACCCUCCAACCUGAAAAAGCACCAGGUCCGUGAUGAGAAUGGGACAGCGUCUGCUGGACCUGGGCCGAAGGUGAUGCAGGUUGCUACCAUGACCACCGAUUUUGCCUGCCAAAAUGUUUUGCUUCAGAUGAAUUUGAAUCUGCUUUCGACGUCGACCUUGCAGAGGAUCCAGCAUCUCAAGUCGUUCAUCAAACGCUGCCACGGCUGUUUCCUGACCACCAAAGACAUGAGCAAGCAGUUCUGUCCGCGGUGUGGCAAGGACACCCUCACCCGUGUCUCCUGCACCACCCAUGCCAACGGCCAGUUCACUAUGCACCUGAAGAAGAACAUGCAAUGGAACAACCGGGGCAACCGAUUCAGCGUUCCCAAGCCCGUCGCCGGUAGUUCGAACGGGAAAUGGAAAGGAGGCGGCGGCAAGGGCGGUUGGGGAACGGAGCUGAUUCUUACCGAAGAUCAGAAGGAGUUUACCAGAGCCACUGCGGAAGAGAGCCGAAGACAGCGAAGAGAGCACGACUUGAUGGAUGAAGACUACCUUCCCGGCAUUCUGACUGGAGAACGCAGUCGGCAGGGUGGGCGAGUCCGGGUGGGCGCUGGCAGGAAUAUCAACUCCCGCAAGCGAUAAUGGCAUCAGAUGAGGUUCUGGUUUGGAGUUUGGCCAAGAAAAUUCCGGGUGUCUUGUCUUCUUCUUUUAUGAUUAUUAUUCUGCGCUGAGGAUCAUUUGUCCCUCAACCCUGCAUGCUUAUGAUGAUGGCCGAUUUACGAGAGUUUAUAGAAUAGUCGGAACCUAUGGAAUACAUACCCAGUUUUGGACAGGAUUAUUAUUGAGGAGGCUGUUGUCUUACUCUUUGCUAAGU